AUGGUGGAGAACGGCGGAGCUGUCAUUGACCACCGUGGAUUAGUCACCUUGAGCAUAGCGAAAGAAGACACUAAAGAUGCCACACCACCUUUGAUCACUCGUCAAUAUUCCCAAAAGUUACUAGCGGAGUUGUUCGGUACGUACUUCUUGGUAUUUGCAGGUUGUGGUGCGAUCAUGGCGGACGUCGGCAAGAACAAUAUGGCUGGUCAUCCUGGAAUCGCAAUUGUAUGGGGGGCAGCAAGGAUGGUGAUGGUUUACACCAUUGGACAUGUUUCUGGUGCACAUAUUAACCCUGCUGUCACCAUUGCUUUCGCAUCUUGUAGAAGGUUCCCUUGGAAAGAGGUACCGGGAUAUGUGAUUGCUCAAAUCCUUGCAUCAACCCUAGCAAACGAAACCCUACGGUUAAUAUUUAACAUGACACAUGAUCAAUUCGUUGGAAAUGUCCCUCCCGGAUCCGACCUUCAAUCCUUGGUGAUGGAAAUUAUUAUCACAUUCUACCUUAUGUUUGUCAUCACUGCUGUUAUCACAGAUGAUCGGGCUACGGGACAACUAGCUGGGGUCGCCAUUGGAUCAACCGUUCUACUUAACGCCAUAUUUGCAGGACCAAUAUCAGGAGCGUCAAUGAACCCAGCAAGAAGCAUAGGACCAUCACUCGUGUGGAACGAGUACAAAGGAUUAUGGGUCUAUAUUUUGGGACCAAUCGUUGGCGCCAUUGGUGGUGCAUGGGCUUACAACACCAUAAGGUUCAAGCCCAUGAGUGAGAUAAGCAAGGGUGCAUCUCGUCAAUGA